GAUGCCCUGGGGAACACGGCCCUGCACUGCGCGGCUAAGGUUGGUGGAGUGCAGCGCGGAUGUGAAUCUUGUGGAUGCCCAUGGGAACACGCCUUUGAUCCUUGCCGGCAUCCACGACAAGCGCCUGGUGGCCUCAAUGCUGCUUUGGGGCGGAGCCGAGCGAGAUCAGCAGAAUCAUCGCGGCAACACGGCGCUGCACGAAGCGGCCAUCAGCGGCGCCAAAGACGUCGCCUGGCUGAUCGUUGAAAAUGGGGGCGAGAGGUCUGUGCGGAUCAAGAACCAGGAUGGAAAGACACCGCUCGACAUCGCCAAGGAGUCAGGCGCUGGGAAUCUGCUAGCAGAAGUUACGUCUGUUGAGCUCCUGGGUCAGGUCAUCCAAAUGCUGAUCUGCUGGAACUCCUGGAAGGCUGCAGAAGCCUUGAUUCCUAAAGCUAUACGUCGCCAUGCGUCAUCCCAGCUAUGGUGUCCGGAGAGGGGUUUCUCAGGCACGAAACCGUGUCUUGCUUUGGCUUUUUGUCCUGAACAGCCCUCCCCGGAAUCUUCCCAUUGCUUUAUUCUAUGCACCCUUCCUUAA